AUUAUACCUUUUGACUCGACGACUUCUUAAAAGUCAGCACAAAUCGCCAAUAUCUGCCCAACCAUUUCCAAAAGCUGCGACCGCAAGAACUUUCAACCUCAACAAGUGAUCAUGGCCAUGUUACUUCCAGCGUGGAAGAAGGCGCUUUCCCUCGGAAAUGGGUCUCCUCUCUGCCUGAUAUUUCACUUCGUCGCUGAUGGUUUCCCGUCCAAGUUGCAAAUAUAAUAUCAGGAACACGAAGCCGAAGACCCCAUCGAAACCCCCGUCCCACGUUGUCCGGCAUUGGGUAAUGCCCGCCUGCCUUCCCAUCCGUAGAGUUCCCACUUCUGUUCUCAUAAUGCUUCUCAACCUAAGAGUGAUAAUCUGGCAAGUCAAACAAAGCCACAAGUGGCGGGAUACCUGAAUUAUCCAAGUAGAUCUUGAAAAGUCAGCAUCCCAGUCUUUAUAAGGAUGUAACUGAGGAUUUGAGUUCCAUCGCCACAAAGUUGACGCAGAGAAGAUGACGAGCAACAGCACAUCAUGCAAAAUCCUGUUGCUCUUGGUGGUGGUGGUGGUGAUUACUGGCGAAGAACUUGGAGUCUUGGCCAAGAGUAGUCUGACAUGCAAAAACCGGUGGAGUCCGUGCUUUCGCAGGCAGAUUGUAUGUCCGAAACAAUGCCCGGACGUGAAGCCAUCAGAUCCGAACGCCAAAGCCUGCUUCUUGGACUGCUACUCCCCCAAAUGUGAAGCUACCUGUCGAGGUCGAAAGCCCAAAUGCAACGGCGUAGGAUCCGGCUGCUACGACCCCCGUUUCAUUGGUGGCGACGGUGUUGUCUUCUACUUCCAUGGAAAGAAGAAUGAGCACUUCAGCUUGAUCUCCGAUCGAAACCUCCAAAUCAACGCCCGCUUCAUCGGCCUCCGACCCGAGGGAAGAACCCGUGACUUCACAUGGAUACAAGCCCUCGGUAUCAUGCACGACUCCCAUGCUCUCACCGUCGAGGCAACCAGAGCCGCCCGAUGGACCGAUGCCGUCGACCAUCUUCGUUUCACGUACGAUGGUAAGCCACUGGAGAUCGCACAAGGCCAUCUUUCCGCAUGGAAGUCGUCCGAAGACAAGGUGGUGGUGGAGAGAACCGGAAGCAGGAACAGCGUUACCAUUACAGUCGAUGCAGUGGCGGAGGUGUCUCUAAGCGUGGUUCCGGUCACCAAGGAGGACGACGAGAUCCACAAGUAUCAGAUACCAUCUGACGACUGCUUUGCGCACUUGGAGGUUCAAUUCAGAUUCUUUGGUCUCUCUCCCGAGGUGGAAGGAGUUCUUGGACGAACCUACCGCCCAGACUUCAAGAACACAGCGAAAUGGGGCGUAGCGAUGCCGGUGGUCGGCGGAGAAGACGAGUACAGGACUUCGUCACUUGUUUCUCCAGAUUGCAACCGGUGUCUUUUUUCUCCGGAGGCAGAUAACUAAGCGGUGACUCACUGUUACUCACAGUUGCAGGAUUUGGUUAGGGCCAUGUCCAAUUUAUGAUGCACGCAAUGUGUUUGUCACGAGGUCACUGAUGAGACUUCAUAAAAAUGGUGGUGUUCAAUCGAUUGCAGUAAGAUUAGAGGCGAAUAACGAAGAAUCUCACAAAUAUAUGGCCCCGUGCAUUUUACCUUAUUCUCGUGCAUUCUGUCACUUAAACCACAGCUAAACAUAAUCAUAAUUUUAAUGCUUCUGCUAA